AUGACGGACUCCACCGUGAACGUCUUGACGCAUCUUCGGUCUAGGACUCAGAUUGACCUGGACAGCUUCGGCCUUGCCGCUGCCCGUGACGGAGGGCCGGAGGGCCCUUGGACCGAUGCAACCUCCAAUCCGGCCGAAGUGUACUUCCAACUGGCAAAGGAGGAAAACACAGACAUCAUCGCCCAGACGAUCACCAUCUGUCGAGAUAUCCAGGGCCGGUACGCGGGCGUGACCCUCCCCGAACUACGCGUCGAGGUCGCUACGGUUCUCCUCGCUCUCCGAGUCAUCCCCUACAUCACGGGUGCCGUGCAUGUCAUGGUCAAUCCAUGCCAUGCCUUUUCGACCACCAAGGUGAUCCAGACAGGUCUGCGCUACCAUGAUAUCUUCCAGCACAUUGACCCGCGAGUUGAUCUCUCCCGCGUGGUCAUCAAAGCGCCCGCCACCUUCGAAGGGCUGAAGGCCUGUCACGCACUGCGGACGCAGGAGAUCCAGACCCUCGCCACCACGGUCUUCACCAUCGAGCAGGCGAUUCUCGCUGGGGAGGCGGGCUGCGUCUCGAUCUCUCCGUUCGUGCACGAGCUCAAGGCCGGGUUCGAUCCGACUUACAAGGACCACGGCCCCCUGCUGGAUCUCUGCGUCCAGGCGCAAGAGUACUACCGCCAGCACAGCAACGCGACUCGAGUCAAGGCGUGCAGUUGCCUGUCCGUCGAGGAGAUUCUCCAGUUGAGCGGCGUGGCGGCCCACACGAUCCCGCCAGAGGACCUGGAUACCUUGGCCGCGAUGAACGAGACAGUCGCGUGGCUGGAGUCGAGGUCCCUUUUCCCGAUUGCAGCGUCGACGAAAGAACUGCAGCAGCAGGUCCGUCGAAGCUACAUUGAGGAUGAAGCGGGAUACCGGGUGCAUUUCGCCGCGAGCGAUGGGGGAGGGGGACAGCGUCGGUUGUAUCAGGCCCUUGCUAUAUUUGCCGACUUCCAACACAAGGUGGAACUGUUGGUGGGGGAGAGCAAGGGGAGAUUGUGA